CGGCGGCGGUGGUGGCGGCGCGGGGACCGCGGGCGGGACAUGGCGGCGAACCUGAGCCGGAACGGGCCUGCGCUGCAGGAGGCCUACGUGCGGGUGGUCACGGAGAAGUCUCCGACCGACUGGGCGCUCUUCACCUAUGAAGGCAACAGCAAUGACAUCCGUGUGGCUGGCACAGGCGAGGGCGGCCUGGAGGAGCUUGUGGAAGAGCUCAACAGCGGGAAGGUGAUGUACGCCUUCUGCAGAGUCAAGGACCCCAACUCCGGCCUGCCCAAGUUUGUCCUCAUCAACUGGACAGGCGAGGGCGUGAACGACGUGCGGAAGGGAGUGUGCGCCAACCACGUCAGCACCAUGGCCAACUUCCUGAAGGGGGCCCACGUGACCAUCAACGCGCGGGCCGAGGAGGACGUGGAGCCCGAGUGCAUCAUGCAGAAGGUGGCCAAGGCCUCGGGGGCCAACUACAGCUUCCACAAGGAAAGUGGCCGCUUCCAGGACGCGGGGCCCCAGGCCCCAGUGGGCUCGGUGUACCAGAAGACCAACGCCGUGUCUGAGAUCCAGAGGGUUGGCAAAGACAGCUUCUGGGCCAAAGCCGAGAAGGAGGAGGAGAACCGGCGGCUGGAGGAGAAGCGGCGGGCCGAGGAGGAGCGGCAGCGGCUGGAGCAGGAGCGCAGGGAGCGGGAGCUGCGGGAAGCCGCACGCCGGGAGCAGUACUAUCAGGAGCAGCAGCUCGCGGCCAGCCCCCCCAGGAGAAGCGAGCAGCCGCAGGAAGUGGUCUCAAGGAGCAGAGAGGAGUGGGAGUCUGCCGGGCAGCAGGCCGCCCACCCGCGGGACAUCUUCAAGCAGAAGGAGAGGGCCAUGUCCACCACCUCUGUCUCGAGCCCUCAGCCAGGCAAGCUAAAGAGCCCCUUCCUGCAGAAGCAGCUCACCCAGCCGGAGAGCCCCUUCGCCAGAGAGCCGGCUCCUGCGGCCUCACAGCCGGCGGCAGACGUCCGGGAGGAGCCAGCACCCCACGCUCCUCCGUGCCUAGAGCAGGCGGAAGAGGAGGCUGUGUAUGAGGAGCCCCCACAGCCAGAGGCCCUCUAUGAGGAGCCCCCGCUGAUGGAGCAGCCAGGAGCUGGCUCUGAGCAUGUUGAACACUACGUUCAGGGCCAGGAUCUCAGUGGGCACGGGCUGUGCGCCCGGGCCCUGUACGACUACCAGGCAGCGGACGACACAGAGAUCUCCUUUGACCCUGAGAACCUGAUCACAGGCAUCGAGGUGAUCGACGAAGGCUGGUGGCGGGGCUACGGGCCCGACGGCCACUUCGGCAUGUUCCCCGCCAACUACGUGGAGCUCAUUGAGUGAGGCUGAGCCUGUCCCCCCCCCCCCCCCCACCCAGACGCAGCUUCCUUACUGCUGGGUGGGGCCCGAUAAGGACCAGGCCCUGGGGCUCCCUCUGUCAUCCCAGAAGCAGCAAUAACCUGGUGACUCCCACAGUCCUGCCUGGGGCCAGUCCCCUGGGGACGUGGAGGAGCUGGGGCCCCUGGGGGCCGCCUUUGCCUUUUUUCCUUCUCUGGGUCCCAAGGGAGCGCGGCUGUAGCCGUUUAGGUUGACCCUUGGGAGCAGUGAACUUGAGUCUGACCAAAGUGAGAGUGGAUGGUGGGGGCGCUGACAGGGAGACUUCCUGCCGCCCCCCCCAGUGCGUGCCUCAGCCGCCUCUGGCUGCCCGAGGGCCGCGCUGGCCUGCGCGUUCUCCCAGCCUAUCCCUGCCUGAAGAAUAGACCUCAAUCACCAGUUUGAUCCAGAUUCCCAGCUCUGAUCCGAGUGCCCCCUGGGGAAACGCCUCCCAGGUGUGUGUGUGUGUGUGUGUGCUAUGCCCUCGGCCUCUGGGACCAGUGGUCAGCCACCUGGGAGCGCAUAAACGCCAUGUGACAAGCUGGAGUCCUGCGUGUCCGUGUC